AUGGGUUAUCCGUCCUCGGAGUUAUCUCGGACAACAGCAUUGAUUCUGGACAUGGACUAUCAAACACAAAUUGCUAACUUACAGAAGACUCGGUCGGUGGUGGAGACGAUACAACAGUCGACAUUGAAGAUAUACGAGGACAUUCAGGUGGCGCGAAAGAAUAAUGAAGUGGUUCUAAAUGAGGCCAGUGAGGCCAGGGACGUGGUCGAGGGGCUUGGAAAUAAGAACGAGAAAUGA